AUGACAAAUCCAGCCCCCAAAUACUUUGACAGAACAAAACUCUUCCGUCCAGGCAGAUUCGACUUGGAUACAGGAAAAUCAAAGAUUGGUCUUGCUAUUUCAAUUUUCGGAUUACUCUAUGGUGCUAAUAUGCUUUUUAAUGGGGCUAUUAAACCACUUUAUUAUAAACACUUCAAGCCUUCAACAGAGCAAUAUGUACAAUUCAUGAAGGAAGAAUGGUCAGGAAAGCACUAA